AUGCUUGUCAAAAAAGACAAAUGCUCAAAAGGGACGCAGUAUUGCGAGACCAGCGAUGCCUUGAGUUCCACGAGUAUUGUGCUCGCGGUGGUGAUACCCGUCGCUGUUGUGGCAAUGGUGGUUGCGUUUUUCAUGUGGAGAGCCUGGAAACGUAAUAAGAAGGAGGCCCUUGACGACAAUGAUCCCGACUUUUACGGUGACAAUACAGUGUUGCCGGACUAUCCAACCAAAGAAGAAAUAUUUUCAGGCAGAAACACGAGCGAAAACCCAUUUGAUGCGUCAAACACUCGUUAUCCCCAAGCAAUACUUGAUGAAAAAGACCAGAGCUUUAAUAAUAAGGCAGGAUCUUAUUAUAACACGUCUCAAUUAAGUCUUGGAACAGAUAACAUGCUGGGGACCCCGCGCGCCCACGUGGAGUCCUUUGUUCUGCCGCGUGUCGACGACUCUACCUCCAAGCAUUCCUUGGACCAGCUUUCCAGACAACUUGGGGGUGUGUACCCAGGAUACAAGGUUCCAGAGAGUGUUCGGUUUAGCUCUAAUAAUCAUUCGAGAAAGUCCUUGUUUUCAGAGAACUCUGGAGAUCUCACUGGUUUUGAGAAAUCCACUGAGGACUUGGGCAGAACUCUUGGGCCCCAGAGCUCCGACAAGUCUCCUGAAACUCUUCAGAAAUCUUCAACAGUCUACUCUCAACCUGAUAAUACAUUUUCCCCUCCAACUUCUGGGCCGCCUGGUGACCCAGAAGAGUCCGACGAUGACAAGUUCUACGAGACAACCGAUCCAGGGCACCGGAUGUCCUACGAUGCUGCCGAUAGUCACAAAUAUUCGUUCGACGACACAGACGCUUCUGUGGUGCAUCGUCACAGCCGCGAUUUGGAUGCAAUCGUUCAGCCUCAAAACAUUGAGUCAGAUCAUGAAAAUCGGGAUGAGUUUGCAUCCGAUUCCGUUUCAGAAGAUGUACCAGUGGAGGAGCAUUCUGAAGAGCCAGACAACGGCCAUGUAUCGAGCUCUCCGGUGAGUAAAGCUCUCCCAGAACCUGAAGCUGCGGAAGUUCCCGAUUUGAAUGAAGUUCUCGUAGAAGAGCAUAUACCGAUUUCACCUGAAGAGGAGGAACAAAUCAACAGGAUGAAGUCUGUUUACAAAGUCUAUUUCUCAAGAGAAAACUCUUUGAAGUCGAAGAAGUCAAACCACAUGUUUUUCGAAGACCAGGAUAUGCCACCUCUGCCGCACUUGCCGCAAAACGAGGAGCAUGAUAUACAACGCCAGCCAGAAUAUACAAGGGAGCCAAGCCAAGAAAACGACGUUUCUGCACAACAACAGGAUGAAGAGGUGAAUUUCGAUCACGGUGUCAGUAACGGCAGACCGGAGCUGACAUUGGACACUUCGGUCAACGAUCAUCGUGCAAGCUAUGCUUCCUCCAUCUACUUGGACAAUGGAGCGGUUCCCGUGCAGCAGCAGGGUCACCCAUUCUAUCCUCACCAGCAUAUUCAGAACAUUCUGAACCAGCAACAGUCGCAGGCGCAUUACUACCGUCAAAUGGCUGCACAACAAAGAAAGCCCCAGCACUAUCCUGUGAAGCAGAAGCUGGAGAAUCUUCCAUCACCCCACGAACUGAACAACCGAAACUCUACUUUGGAGACGUUCACACAAUUUGAGAAGCAACGCAAAUACACCGGCAAGAAGGGCCAGUCUCCAGUGGUGAUGCAGCAGAAUUUCAGUCCUAUUGAGAACACGCAAUGGGGACCGAGCCAGACGAAUUCGUCGCAGCCUUCGCCUCACCAGAUCAGAGACUCGAUUGUGAUGUUCAACCCUGUGGAUAUCAACUACAAAAAGACCUACAAGCCUAGCGGAACGCUAGCCGAGCAGGUCCGCAAAGUUUCUCCUGGCGCGCGGUCGUUCUCUCCAACGUCUCCCGGAUUUGCAUAUGACGACCAGACGAUGCCACGGCCGAUGACCAGAGUCGGUUCUGAGACCCUUAUUCCGAAAUCUGGCUCUCAAGCCGAUCUUAGAAAAUAUGUAGACAAUGCCAACCUAUAG